AUUUUAGAGUGUGCCAGCUACUCGAUUCGUCGGUGAAAAAUCAAGAGAGAGAGAGAGAGAGAGAGAGAGUGAGAGUGAGAAGGGGGAAAAUGGCGAAGUCCGUGUCGAUCUCCCUUCUUCUGCGUCUCUUCCUCCUCUCCUUGCCGGCCUUUCUCGCCUUCUGCGCCGCGGAAGCCCUCGAUCCCCGGCCGCGGGAGUUACCGUCCUUCAUGGUCCAGGAGAUCAAGAAGGAGGUGGGGUGGAGUUGCUCCUACACUGUGAAGAUUAAGACCAGCUGCUCUUCGGGCCGCUACACCAGAGAUUGGAUCAGCCUUGUUUUUGGUGAUGCGUACCGUAACGAGAUAUAUGCACCAAGGCUAGACGAUCCUUCAUCAGGAGCAUUCGAACGUUGCUCCACUGAUACCUUCAAGAUCGACGGGCCGUGCGGAUACGGAGUUUGCUACUUGUACUUGCGGCGUGACGGUUGGGAUGGAUGGACUCCAGAAUGGGUGAAGAUCUACGAACCCAGUGAUCGCCGCGCCCUCACCUUCUACUACGGUUCUCCCCUUCCCAAUGGCAUCUGGUAUGGCUUCAACUAUUGCCCAACUGCCUCCUCAUCUUCGGACCCAACAAAGCAGAUCCAAUCGAAAGGAAUGCCUGAGACCGAGUAAAAUAAUAGAUCGAGAAUUUGUCUUUGUAGACAACUGCAUUCUCUGAUCGUUAUCUAAAAUCUGGUAUCCUUCUAUCUGAUGUUAGUGAGUUAUUAUUGUCCUUGCGAUCAUCUAUGGAACAGCAGAAAAAUAAUUCAUAUAAUUUGAUCGUGUUACAUUUCAA